AUGGCCGUUGGCGAUGUGCAUAGUCUAUCCCGUAAAUAUGUCCUCGGGGUCAAUCGAGGCGAGCUGGGCCCAAAGGAUAAAUCCAAGGGCAAAAACGCCUUCGACCCAUCUUUGGUCGUCGAUGCCGACGCCCAACACGUUGAGCAUGUCGAGGAGAUAGAGCAGCCAGGGAGACUGGCUAGGGCCCAACAGAAAGCGAAACGUCAUUUCCGACGAUUCUGGUUUCUCGUGAUCAUCCCAGCCAUUGCACAGAAGCUCGUCAAUGACAGCGAUUUACCUCUUUACAGUGCGGGAAUCCUCGACCCUAAACCGGAUCGGUUCACAUUUACAAUGGACACGGCAAUCGAUAUACCUGCUGGUAUCUCAGCCAAUAUGGACACUAUGAACUUACGGCUGUUCGACCGUGAAGUGACGCCCAUGGUGCCCUAUCUCAGUCUGGAUCUACCAAAGAGCAAACUGAAAGGACACACCGAGAUAUAUGCCUCACAGCCCAACACCAUAGUCGAGAACGAGCAUGGAUGGGUCCGGCUACUGAGCAAUGCCUUGAACUCCAAGCUCUUUAUCAUCUCUGUGAAGGGAUCCACCACUGCGCAUCUGGGGGCCCUCAAAGCCGACGUGAAAGUAGACCAUGAUAUCGAGGUAACCGGACUGGACCAAUUUCGAGGAUUCACCAUUAACUCGGCGCGUCUCGUACUACCAGCCGAGGCUGAUGGCACGAAUUUUCGCGGGGAGGCCGUGCUUCCAAACCAUUCCCCAGUCACACUGGCCCUGGGAAACAUCACCCUGAACCUGCAGAGUGAGGAUCUCAUCCUGGGCGAAGCACAUAUGCCAGAUGUGCUGUUAAAACCGGGGAACAACACUGUGGGACUUUACGGACGACUCGAUAUCCGCACCGUGAUCAGGAAUAUCUGGGAUAUUCUAGCGGCGCAGCGAGAUGCGAUUCUAAAGGGGGUGAUCGAACUCUCAGUCGUGGGGAAUAGGACGACGUAUGCGGGCCGGAACAUCCCAUACUUUGAAAGUGUGCUGAAGAACCUGACGUUGACGACUCGGGUGCCGAUUAUGAAAGUAUUGCUGGAUACGCUGGGCGGAUUAGCAAAGGGAAAUGGAUCCGUAUGGAAGAAUCUAACUGAUUUGGGAGGGAACGGAGUGAAUUUAACCUCGGUUUUACAAGGAACCGCUACUACGACAAUGGUCCUCUCGAAGCUUAAAUGGCCCAACUUCAGGCCUGAUCCCUCUCUGCAGAAUGAGACCGUACCAGAACAGCAGCUGCCUCUGUCCAUCCCCGGAACAGAGACCGAGGGGGUGGUGGACACCCACAUCCCCCUGUUGACCUGGCGCUCCUUCAUCAUGGGCGUUUUCGUCUCCAUGGGUGGAUUCUUGUUUGGUUAUGAUACCGGUCAGAUCUCUGGAUUUCUGGAGAUGAAGGAUUUCCUACGUCGUUAUGGGGAACUCCGCUCCGAUGGCACGUAUUAUUUCUCCAAUGCCCGCUCGGGUCUCAUCGUAGCCUUGCUGUCCGUCGGCACUCUCAUUGGAGCUCUCGUCGCCGCUCCUGUCGCUGACCGGAUCGGCCGGAAAUGGUCCAUCACCGCCUGGUGCAUUAUGCUCAGCGUCGGCAUCACCAUCCAGAUCUCGUCGCCCUUUGGCAAAUGGUACCAAGUGGCCAUGGGUCGCUGGGUGGCCGGUCUAGGUGUCGGGGCUCUGUCCUUGCUGGUUCCAAUGUAUCAAGCUGAAUCAGGUCCAAGACAUAUCCGGGGGUCUCUAGUCAGCACCUACCAGCUCUUCAUCACGCUGGGCAUCUUCGUGGCCAACUGCAUCAAUUUCGGCACCGAGAGCCGUGCCGACACAGGCUCCUGGCGUAUACCCAUGGGCGUCACCUACAUCUGGGCAAUCAUCCUGGGUAUCGGCAUGGCAUUCUUUCCCGAGAGUCCGCGCUACGACUACCGACACGGCAAAACAGAGCAGGCAAUCACCACGCUGUCCAAGAUGUACGGCAUCCCGCGGAACCACCGCGCGCUAGUGGUGGAGUUCGAAGAGAUCCGACAGAAAUACCAAGAGGAAAUCGAACGCGGACAAAUCACCUGGAUGCAUCUCUUCCGAGCACCGCGGAUGGGCUACCGAGUCGCUGUGGGCGUGGCCCUGCAGGCGCUACAGCAGCUAACCGGCGCCAACUACUUCUUCUACUACGGCACGACGAUUUUCCGCGGUGCAGGGAUCGAGAAUAGUUACGUCACGCAGAUGAUCCUAGGUGGCGUGAACUUCGGCACCACGUUCCUGGGUCUAUAUCUCAUCGAGAACUACGGACGACGUCGCUCGCUGAUUGCCGGCGCACUGUGGAUGUUCGUCUGUUUCAUGAUCUUCGCCUCCGUCGGGCAUUUCCUUCUGGAUCACGAAAAUCCGGAACGAACCGAGACCCCCGGCGUGGUCAUGGUCGUCUUCGCUUGUCUCUUCAUCCUGGGAUUCGCCAGCACGUGGGGACCCAUGGUAUGGACGAUCAUCGCAGAGCUGUAUCCAUCCGAGUAUCGCGCGCGGGCGAUGUCGCUGGCCACGGCGUCGAAUUGGCUCUGGAAUUUCCUCCUGGCUUUCUUCACGCCGUUCAUCACCAGCGCGAUUGAUUUUCGACUCGGGUAUGUGUUCGCCGGGUGUUUAUUUCUGGCUGCCGCGUUAGUCUAUACUGUUGUGAUUGAAGGCCGCGGACGUACCCUGGAGGAAAUCGAUACGAUGUACGUGAUGAAGGUGAAGCCAUGGCAUAGUUCCAAGUUUGUGUUUCCCGAGUUGGACACCAGUGAGAAUCGUGGGUCGGGGGAGAAACAGAGGACGGCACAUGUGCCCCAGACGAAUGUGUAG